UUUAUUAUGUAAGCCGAUAUAUUUUGGUAGUUCAAAGUACUUGAAAUCUAUGAUCAAUAAAAUUGUGUCUUGUCAGUUUGUCAUUCAUUUGUCAUUUAAUAGUUCUGUGGAUGGUCAAUAUUCACAGAUUAGAUCACCUGUAAAAUAUUUAUACAAUCCCACAAUGUUGAAGCCUAACGUAUCCUCCUAUUUGAAAAGUGCAAGCCAGGUGGUCUCUAACAAUUUAAAAAAGGGAGGAUCCAAUGCUAUCGUCUCUAAAAAAGCUACAACCUUACCAUCCAAAGGUUUUAAUUUGGGGAAUGUACUACUUGAUGGAAACGUUGCCGUUACCUGCGGCCCAACUAUGUCAUCGCAACUACGUUGGGCUCACACUGAUAUAAAAGUUCCAGAUUUCACUGAUUACAGAAGGUCCUCUACGAAAGAUCCUAAUGUAAAAAGUGAAAACUCUGAAGUAUCUAGAAAAAACUUCACCUAUUUGAUAGCAGGAGCUGCCGCAGUCUCUGGAGCAUAUUCUGCUAAAGCUGUAGUAACUCAAUUCGUAUCAACGAUGAGUGCUUCAGCCGAUGUAUUGGCCUUGGCAAAGAUAGAAAUCAAGUUGUCAGAUAUACCUGAGGGAAAAUCAGUUACUUUUAAAUGGAGAGGUAAACCACUUUUCGUGAGGCAUAGAACAGGUUCCGAAAUAUCAGCUGAACAAAGUGUUACUGUAAAUUCUCUUAGAGACCCACAACACGAUAAUGAUAGAGUUAAGAGACCUGAAUGGUUGGUUGUUCUUGGGGUAUGUACCCACUUAGGAUGUGUACCUAUUGCCAACUCUGGUGAUUUUGGAGGCUACUACUGUCCCUGUCACGGAUCCCAUUAUGAUGCUUCUGGACGUAUUAGAAAAGGCCCAGCACCUUUAAAUUUGGAAGUUCCUGAGCAUGAUUUUCCAGAUGAAAACACUUUAGUUGUUGGUUAGAUCUAGUUAUAUUUCAAAACAUAUAAUGCUAUUUAUUCAAUUUUUACAAUUGAAAUACUGUCUAAGCAGAAAUUCCUGACUUGUGAAUACUAAAUACAGUUUCAGUUUUUAAAAUGCAUAUAUAGGAAAACAAUAAACUGGAUUUAAACUUGAAAA